CUACCAUCCCGGUCCCACCACUUCGUCUUGGACGCACGCGCUCUAGUCUCCUUUAAAUUGUAUGGAAAGCCUUCUGGUCGACUAACCGGACCAACAAGCAACAACCGAGGUUUUACCUUACUUCGGUUUUUGCGUUCUUCGAGAACGUUCGAGUCACGCCGACAGCGAAACGACUUUCGCCAUUGGCUCGAAAACUACUUUCUGGGAAUAUAAAUAUACUUUUUUUAAUUUUCAAUUUGGUGUCAGUUUUUUUCACAUAUUUUUUCUUGUUUAUUUGUUCAAAUCAGAGUGUUGCUAUUGACUCAACGUGUCGUGACUACGUGACUUGGUCACUCAUCUAAUAGAUUGGCGGGACCAGUUUAAUCGUUGUCAGUUUACUCUUACUUUCUGUUCCCAAGUAAUAUGGCUCAGCUGAUUAGCGUCAAGUUAUCCCGGUUUGACGGAUCGCCUUGGGGCUUUCGACUUCAAGGUGGCAAGGACUUUGGAACACCACUUAUUGUCCAGAAGGUGAAUGGAGGAUCACCUGCUGAGGCUGCAGGUUUAAAAGCUGGAGACGCUGUCAUUAGGGUCAACAACACGGACAUGUUUAACCUCAGGCAUAAAGAUGCACAAGAUGUUAUUGUCAGGACCGGAAAUAAUUUCGAAAUGACUAUUCAGAGAGGUGGCAGCACGUGGAAACCUACUGUUACACCCAUUGGCUCCACUCUUCCUUCUCCAACGCCAUCUAUACCAGCAACUAACGUUUCUCCAGUAACAAAGACUUCUUUAGUAUCGAAGAAAAUCGAUGAACCACUUAUCGGAAGCGGUCACAAUUUCAGUCCCAAGCCUUUUUUGAACGGUACUGGUGAAGGUUCAAUAAAGUCCAUAGUCAAUAAACAGUACAACAGUCCCGUGGGCAUUUAUAGCGAAGAAACUAUCGCUGAAACUCUUUCUGCACAAGCCGAAGUUUUAGCUGGAGGUGUUUUAGGGGUCAAUUUUAAGAAAAACGAAAAGAAUUAUAAUGCUGAGAAUAGUGAAGUCUUUAAGAUGGUCCAAGAGGCGGAUAAGGAACCAAAAUCACCUGAACCUGUUCAUUCACGGACGAAGAUUUACUCCUCGGCGAGCCACGCGGUUGGCGGAGAAGCAACUAUACCGAAUUCAGCGACAUCUCUAAAUCAAUCACUGGGUCUGCGUCAGACAAUUUUAAAUUACCACAAAAGCUUUUCACUUCAAGAAAUUCAGAAGAAAGAGCGACAACAAGAAUAUUCAUCCUCUUCGUUUACUUCUUCUGAUUCACCUACUUGUUACAACUGUGACAAUGGGAUUGUAGGUGUCUUCGUCAGAAUUAAGGACAAGAAUUUACACGUGGACUGUUUUAAGUGUUCAACUUGCGGCACAUCACUGAAAAAUGUUGGGUACUACAAUAUUAAUGAGAAACUCUAUUGCGAUAUACAUGCGAAAAUGGUAGCUAGGCAACAAGCACCAUCUGGACUUUCACCAGUCACUGUAUCUUCGGUCAACAAAGCACCAGCAGGAACCAUAUCAGCAGCACUCUCUAACAUUGGGCCUCUUUCACCAUCUCUCAGCAAUCAUGGAUCAUCACCACAACUUUACCCGACAUGCUAUCAACUCAACUCCGACCCAAGGCUAUCAUACCAAGUCGAGUCAAAGAGUAAUGGCUACUCAGGACAUAACGAGAGCAAUGGAACAUCGACAACUUACACGAGCACCAUAACCAUCCAGACUGGUGUCAAUGAGGUCUGCAAUGUCGACGGCGAGCUCGACUAUAAUCGUAAUCCUACUAACUCUAAAGCACGCCUGAAAUCAGACCAAGUCGAUGAAUUCCAGUUUGACCCUUUCAUUUCAGAGGACAAAAGUUUCAAAAAUGAUUCAUACAAUACUCAGAAGUCCAGUUAUUCCCACUUGGACAAGUUAUGCGUGGCACGUGACCAUUGUGUAUCAUCUGUUUUGCAGCCCACCCAUCUUGGCACAACAACCGUUGAUUCGCCUAGCUUACGUCCAGUCCAGGCUCCAACAUCUAACAACAUCGGAGGCGCAAAACUUUACGGAGGGUCCAGCAUUAACACACCAACGUACAAUUCCGCAAGUUGCACUCUUCCACGACAACAGAGUCAUAACGUGACUGGUCGGUUAUACACCACCUUGCCAAAGCCAAAAAGUUCCUCCUUCAAAGCUUCUACUGACACGAAUUUUCUCUGUUUUUCUUUGUUCUUUGUAAUUCGUCUAACAUCUCUUUUCUUGCUUACAAAAUGCAUGACAUGUGUGUAUGUUAAUUUAACUUCCUUGUUCCCAAUCUAUUUCCUUCGAGACUGUACAGAAGCUUACGAAGAGGACUCAUACGAAUUCUCUGAGGAGGUGACACAAUUUGUUAUCGAAAAACCGCCAACUCCAAAACCAAAAUCACACGUCUGGCCGCCACAACGGCCAAUUGAGGAAAUAACUUAUCCGACUGCGAGUCCUUUAUAUAUUGAUCCCAAUCCUGCACUUGAUCGACGUGCAAAACAAAACCUUCACGAGAGACGAUCAAGUAUUGAAGAUAGUAGUAGAGAUCAGAGUAGAAGAAACAGUUUUGCAGAAAAUUUUGAGGAGUCCAGAGUUUUCUGUCAGUUUGAGACGAAGAUGGACCAGGUUAGUUGUCCUGGACCAGUUUAUCGACGAGUGGAAUUAUUUAAAGAAGCACGAAAAGAUUGUCGACAAACACGUUGCGAUUCGAGGGAAGGUUCAACUGAUGGUGUUCGAAGAUCUUUGACGCCAACACGUAUCACUCAGCCUAUUCCUCGACCAUGGACAGCCACUGUCACUACAGGUGCAAAUUUAUACCAACAGGCAUAUCCAGUUAAUCCGCCUGAACCACCGAAACCAGUUUGUAGUCGAACUGUUUGCAGACGUCAAAUAUGUCGACGGGAAUGUGUUUGCGAUGGAGAAAGCGGAACGCAGACGACCUAUGAGGAAAGACGCGACUAUCAAGAGCAAAUUUGUCAACCAGAAGAAAGAGUUGAGACUCCAAAACCAGAUGUGGAAGUGCACGCAUGUGUCCGUUUGCCGAAUUCUCAUUCUCGAACAAAGGAUAUUAAUUCAGAUUCGGAAAUUAGAGAUUUAUCGAAACUUGUUCCACCAGAUGUGGCCGUAUGUCCAAAGGGAAUAGAUGGUGAGCAUGAUCUUUAUACAGAAAUGGAGGAAGAGGAUGUUGGUAACCUACAUAUUAAAAAGACGACAACUUAUGAAAAGACAGUGGAAUUAGUUUCCCCAGAUAGAGAAAUAAAAUCUAGUGCAGAGCCAGAACCUAAGCCUCAAGUGGAGAAAAGACAUUGGGAACAAACUUGUCAAAGAUCAUCAACUGUCGAUCGGGAAGUGGAAAAUAUUUCAUGUCAUCGAAAUAUAGAGGAAUCGACGGAAAUGUUGACAUCUACAAUUGACAUGCAACAAAUGAUGGAGCAAGCUAAAAGAGAUGAGGAAGAAGCACAAAGGAGAAAAGAGGAAUAUGAGAGAAAUGAAAAAGAAGAGAGGGAAAGAAAACAACGCGAAGAAGAAGAAAGGAAACAAAUGGCAGCUCAGGAACGUAAGCGGAGGCAAGAUGAAGAGAGACGUCUAGAACAGCAGAGACAAGAGGCAGAACGUUCUCGCCAAGAAGAGGGAGAGAAACGACAGAAAAGAGUUUGCUUCAGUGAAGAGCGUGAGUUUAUUUGUGAACAUACUUGCUGUCCUAAGGAACGAAUAAUUGAUAUUCAAUUAGAAGGUCCAAAGGAACACAUAAUUGAUAUUGAUGUAGAAGGACGACCUAAGGAACACAUUAUAGAUGUUAAACUUGAGCAGGAUGAACCCUGCUGUCAAUGUCGGGAGGAACGUUUUAAAGAGUUAAGAGAGGAAAUCAACAUUCAAAAAAAUUUUGAACAACAAGAUCUAGAGGCACAAAGACGAAGAAGUUUGCGUGAACAAGUACAAGUUCAUAAGAGUUUGAGAGAUCAACAAGCUCCAGAAAAACACCAAACUCUUCAAGAACGACGUCUUUGUACCAAGUAUGGUCCGAAGACGCAAGAAUCGCAAAGUACUGUAGAAUCUUGCAGGAAACAAGUACAGUUUAUCAGUCAAACUGAAAGCGGACCAGGACCAAUUCCAUCUUGCAAUGUUCAAAAUACUAUCCCCAAAGAAUGGAAAUCUGAAAUGGUGAAAGCUUUAACUACAGCACCAGAUCAGUCUUUUUGUUCACUUGGUAACGAUAACAAUGUCAGUAAGGAAAUUUAUACUUCCCAAGUUACAUACAAAGAAACUUCUCAGUGUAAUUGCGAACCUUCAUUACCACCAGCUCCUUGUCCAUAUAGACCUGUUUCCCCAUUUCAGUCUGCCUUAACAACUGCACCAGAAAGAGCAUACUCACCACUAGGUGGAAAUGUCAAUCCUUGCAAAACUUGCUGUCGCCGAUCACAAACCCCUACUGCUCCUUCUGCUAAUGACGGUUACUGUGCACCUGCUCAACUUCUAUUCAGUGAAAAUAAAGAAAUAGUUCAAGAGCGAAAAAAGCCGCAAGGACCACAACCUUUGCCAAUUCCUCCAUCGGACUAUCGUUUAAGAGAUUCUUCAAGAUCACCUUCCAGAUCUAGACCAGGAACCCCAGGGAAUCGCUCAAUGAUGACGGGCCUUAAAAAACCGGAUACUAUCCCUCUGUAUCAGAAACAUUUAGUUGCUAUGAAAAAUGGACCGGUAGAAGGUAACAUGUUCGAUCCCAGCAGAACUCCAACUCCAUGUUCAAGAUCUAAAUCUCCUGCGCCAAAAACGGAACAAGAAUGUGUUUGUUACCACUACGAAGAAGAUACCCCCUCAGGACAUACACAUAAAGAUAUUCAAUGCACUAAAUGUGUUAGCUAUUCAGAAGACGAAGAAGGUACACAUACUCAUAUACGUGAACGGAAAGUUCAAAAAAUAACGGAAAGUCCAGCUUCUCCAGUAUGUUGUGUCAGCCGAAACAGUAGUGUUUCCCCUUCCCUGCCCUGUCCGUCUAAUCGCGAAAGCGUCUCUGAAAGAAUUCAAAGACAAGGAGUUAGAGUGCUACCUCCUUGUAACACGACAUCAUCAUCAACCGAAGUUCGUCGAAUUCGUCACGAAAUUGUCGAAACUCCUCCUAAAUUAUGUCCAAAUACUGGUGUCACUGUUGUACCUUGCAGAACAGUUUCUGAAAGCGGUUCAAAGACCGGAGUGGUUGUUCUUUCCUGUGACGGUUCGCAAUCAUCAUCAUGCGACAGAUCCGGAGUCUGUGUAACGCCUACCAUGGACAGACAAGGAGUCUGCGUAUCUCCGGCUGCACAUAAUUCUGAUACAAGUUGCAAACAACCCUCUGGUGUCUGUGGAGUGCGUUCCGGUGGUUGUAGCAUUGAUGCAGGUACAUGCAGUGGAUCAGGAGUUUGUGUAACUCCUUGCGGGGAUGGAUCCUUUUGCGUGGCACCAUGCAGCGUCUCAGGAAUGUCUGCUUCUCAAUGUACGAAGUCAAUUCUAAAAAGUCAAUGUGACAAAAAUAUUCCUUUUCCACAGAUUCCUUUACCCAACGAAGAGGCUCCAAGUUUCUGCAGUAGUUGUCCUUUUUCACAAACUGAGAAGCCUGAUGCUUGCAGCAGCUUUGAAUCUAAACCUAAGCCUCGCACUAAUCUAAGCAAUCAGCUUACGCAACUUACCCUGAACAGAAUAAAACCCCCCACUGUUCAGUUGUACAAACCACAAGCUCAAAUCUGUACAAUCAAAUCCCAGUCGAUCCAAACUCAAUCCUUGUGUCAAUCCAAAACUCAGUCUUCUUACCAAUCCGCACCCCGUUGCCCAAUUGGAAAACCCCAAAAUUUAGUAGACCCACCAAAAAUGUCAUCCCAACCGAAUUUAGGUGCUGGAGUCGGUGGAAUUUGCAGCAAUAAGAGUGGAUCUUUUGCUGGAAGCAGUGCUCCUAAACGCGGAAAGGGAAUUCUAAAUCAAGCUGGAGGAAGUGGAUCUCGUGUCCCACAAUGUGCUCGCUGCAAUAACUACGUCAGGGGACCAUUUAUUACGGCUUUGGGGCAAAUUUGGUGUCCUGAACAUUUCGUUUGUGGAAAUGCUCAAUGCAACCGUGGACUGCAAGACAUAGGCUUUGUAGAAGAAAAGGGACAACUUUAUUGCGAAUACUGUUUCGAGAAAUACAUUGCACCACCUUGUGACAAAUGUGGAGGCAAAAUCAAAGGCGAUUGCUUGAAUGCAGUUGGAAAACAUUUCCAUCCUGAAUGUUUCAAUUGCUCUCAUUGUGGCAAGUUGUUUGGAAACAGUCCCUUCUUUCUUGAAGAAGGUUUACCAUACUGUGAAAACGACUGGAAUAAUUUAUUCACUACUAAAUGCUAUGCCUGUGGAUUUCCAGUGGAAGCAGGAGACCGUUGGGUCGAGGCCCUUAAUAAUAAUUAUCACAGUCAAUGCUUCAACUGCACGAUGUGCAGGAAAAAUCUCGAGGGCCAAAGCUUCUACGCGAAAGGUGGACGUCCAUUCUGCAAAAAUCACGCGCAUUAAUAGGCAUAGUCAUUGAAUUAUAAUUUUAACGAAACCAAAAAAACAAACAAAUCCAUAAUAAAACUGUAAAUUAAUUAUGAUAAUGCAAUAAAUAUUUUAAGCGUAAAUAUCUUUACUAGCAAGCUCUAAUAACGAUAAUAAUAGUAAUACUAAAAUUAUUAAUAAAAAAUAAAUGAAAUUGUAAUUUAAUAAUAAUUGAUUGUCUUGAAGAUUUUGCUCUUUUUAACGUUAAAUCUAAUGUCAGCGAUUACUGAGAAGUAACUGUAUGAUUACUUUUUAUAAUAUUUAAAUAAUUUAAGAAUUAUUGGAAAACGAUUUAGAAACAUGUUAAUGUUCCUCUUAAAAUCGUUGUGUUCUUAGACAUAAAUUAGUGUUGCAUUCGAGAGAGUCGAUACAAGAAAUGUCAAACGAGUUCGAGUUUUAAUUCAUGAAAUUCUUAUUAUCCUCUCGUUUCGUCUCGUUACAAAACAAGUAUUAAUAUGAUAAGAGAACAACAAAAACAAUAUUUAUUUAUUAAUUUUUUUUCUAUAACAAUGGCGACAUAUGAGAAUUUAUAACUAAUAAAUUAAUAACGUUAAUAUUA